AGUCUCUUCGAUUCACCUGCUGAGUGGUAUCUGAAGGCCAGACAGAGUGUUCAGAAGUUCACAGUCAAUCAGCUCGGUUGCUAUUGUAGGGGCUUUUCAUGAGGACUGAGGUAUUCAGUUUGAUUUGGGGGAGACAGAAAUGAGGGCAUAUCAACUUUUUGGUGAUAUCACUAAAUAAAGGCCGGCUAGAUUAUGAUCUCUGAAUCUGCUUCCUGGGUUGCAGAGUGUUUUGAACCAAUGUAGGGAUGCGAAGGAGAUAUUUGAACCUUCCGUGCUGAAACCCCUGCUGGCUGAAAAGGUAGAGUGUUGUUCUGGAAGGAGCUUCAUUUUUUUCCUCAUCCAUUUACACAUCUGUGUAGAUUGACCCAAUUAAAGCAUGCUUUCACUUUGUAAUACAGGGUUGUCUAUAUUUUCACAUGAAGAAUCAAACAAGUAUGUUGCACACUCCUAUAACUUCUUCCUCUUCCCCACAACGUUUGGAGUCAUGGACUCUGAAUUCUCUUUCCAGGCAUCUAGCAUUCAGUUCCUGACGCAUUACGGUUUUGAUUAUAAUAAGUUUCUGAAAGAUGGAAUCCCAUAUACGAAUGAGGUACAGGAGAAGAAACUUCAGCAAGGUCUCUUAACUGGAAACUGGAAAGUUCGCAGCACUUUGGACAAGGAUAAAGUGAAAAAGGUGAUUGAUGAUGUGACACGCUGGGUGCCAUCAGCAGAAGAGGGAGGCUCUAUGGUUUUACAUGAUAUUAGUGGUUUUCAGAUAUUUGAGGUACAGCUGAUUCUGAGACAGGCACUUCCAGAUGUUUGGACAGAGCCUUUUGGAGACCAGAAGGUGAUGGUGAAAAAGGUGAGUCCAUGGCAUCGCUGGUGUCUGGAGAACUCUUCUUGUGACUGCUGCCGAAAGGAGCUUGUUCUUCUCUCUGCCCGGGGUUUCACCAACCUCUUCCAGACCCUCGUUGAAGCCAAGAAGCCAAUGGUGGGACACAACAUGCUCAUGGACCUUCUGCAUCUUCAUGACAAGUUUUACAAGCCCCUCCCAGAAAGCUAUGAGGAGUUUAAAAGGAAUAUUCACAGCCUGUUUCCUGUCCUCAUAGACACCAAGAAUGUAACAAAAUCAAUUUGGAAGGAAUUUCAGUUUCCUCGAGCAUCUAACCUCCUAGAAGUUUAUGAAAUCCUGUGCAGUGACCUCAAUCCCACCAACCCCACAUGUCCAGUGAUUGCCCAUGCAAGUGACUGUUUAAAAUAUGCUGACAAGAAAUCCCCCCAUGAGGCGGCCUAUGAUGCAUUUCUCUGUGGAUCAGUUCUUUUGAAAGUAGCUCACUUGCUCCUCAGCAGAAUGCCAUGUGACACGCUGGAGACUGGUCCCUCUUUCUCUCAGUAUCUCAGUGCAUUAACCAAGUACCUGAACCAGGUGAAUCUGGUCCGAGCUGGCAUUUCAACAAUCAAUUUCUCUGGCACAGAUGUCCCUAGCCAGCGUCCACCUCUUCUGAUUGCCAGUGUUCGGGGAUGGGAUGGGGUGGAUGAAGAACAGAUCUAUCAAAAGUUAAAAGCUCUGUGCAAGUUUGAUGUCAGACGACUGACCGAGAACCAAUUUCUGUUGCUCUCCAAUAAAUUUAAGGAUUUCAGGGUUGUUCUGCGAGAUUAUAAAGAUCACCCUAAUCUGCGGAUUUCACUCUUUCGCUACUGGAGACACUCACCACAAGCGAACUGCUUGCUACAAAUUUGUGGAAUUGUGGCAUCAUGGUCUCUUCUGGCCUUUGUGAUUGGAGGAUCUCCCUGGUAUGCCAUGUAAAAGAUUAUCUUCUGGAAAGAUCUCAGGGACAUCUUUCCUAUCUAUGUGCUUGUUACCAGGAUGCCUGUUAUGUUUUUUUUUUUCCUUACACUGUUAACAGAGUGAUGGUCAGUAAAAGGCAUUUAACAUUGGUUUUUUUGUUUGUUUGCCUUCAAUCACAAAAAAAAAUCUGUGUUUAAGGAGACUCUCAGGUUUUAGGAAUCAAAUCUGAAGAGGAAAAUCCUCCUGGUGUUUUAAAUAUAUUUAUUAAAGAAGUACUACUAUACCUCUUUUUCAUGUGCAAGUGGACCAGAGAAUCCACUGUCUUGAUGAGACUUUUAUCUUGUUCCCUGUUUAUUCUUCAACAACAUUAAUAAACCAGUUCUAUUUCAA